AUGUCUCUACAAACUCCGCCCUUUGACUCGUUACCGCUGCGCCAAGAUGGUCCACGGGGCAAUGCCUGGGGCCUAUUUGGGGACCAGGAUGAGAUAGGGAUGCUCAAUCGUCUCACACCAGAGAACACGACUGCUGCUGCGCGGGAAAUCGUGGAAGGAGUACGCGUCUCCACUGAUUGGAACCUCAACAGCAUGGCCACCCCAUGCUUUGGACGGUCGGCUUUUGAGCAUACGGUCAAGAACAAGGCUCCUCGACCGGUGAAUGAUGACGUCCUUGUCUUUAACACGCAGAGUAGCUCCCAAUGGGACGGGUUUCGACACUACGGCUCCCGAGAAGGGUCCUACUUCAACGGCUGUUCUCUCGAGGAUAUCCACACAUCCACUCGAAAUGGCACCCACAUGUGGGUGGAACAGGGCGGAGUCGUCGGUCGCGGCGUACUUUUGGACUACGCCGCGUGGGCGGAGGCCAACGGCGUCACCGUCAAUUGCUUCCAGACUCAAUCCAUCCCACUCUCCGAUCUUCAGCAGGUGGCUGCCAGUCAGAACACGACCUUCCGACCGGGCGACAUCCUGUUCAUUCGAACGGGCUGGACUCGAGAAUACGAGAAGCUUUCCCAGGAGGAGUGUCAGCAGCUGGCGGACUACAAGGCACCCCCCGUCAUCGGCGUCAAAUCAUCGGAAGAGAUGCUGCGAUGGAUCUGGGACAAUGAGUUUGCUGCAGUUGCUGGCGACAUGCCGAGUUUCGAAGCGUACCCUUGCCAGGAUCCGGACUUUUUCCUGCACGAAUGGUUGUUGGCAGGAUGGGGUCUCCCGAUCGGCGAGCUGUUUGACUUGGAGCGUCUCGGCCAGGAAUGUCGCCAGAGAAAGCGCUGGACCUUUUUCUUCAGUAGCGUACCAUUGAAGAUGCAUAGUAAACGUGUUUCACGAUCGGACCACGCGCUGCGCUGGCAACCCGCCGCUGCCAUGUGCAGCCUGUGUAGACAUCGACCAGGCUUGUGUCUAUUCAGAGGCCGAAAAGCGAGUGUCAAUAACGGAGAGGUGCGCUUAUCGGGCACAAGUUGCUGGCUCGAGACUAAUUCUUCCAGCUACUAUCGUCAUCUACAAACGCAGGCCCGUUCGCCUCGUCAAGACAGCCGAUCCAGUGAUACCAAAGAUCUUGCGUAUAAUCGCCCGACUCCGACUCCGACUCCGUCAAGUGCGCCUUCAGCGGCCACUCGUUACUCAGAUCGGGAAAGAGAAGUGCCCUUGGAACGAGACGACUGGUGGUUCAAAGGAACCGACAACCUGCUCUUGAACCGAUCGGGCGAACACCAUUUUGUGGGAGCUUCCUCCACCACCCAUUUGGCCAAGCGUCUCAACCCUGCCACCACCAACCUUGCAUGGGAUGUGCGUCCGCUCUACGACGAUCUCUCGUCCCUGCGCCGUCCAGUGGCGAGCGCCCUUCCCCAACUACCUCCCUUUGAAUUUGCCAAGCGGCUCUUUUGGGUCCAGUACUCUUAUAUCGGUACCAUAUUUUCCUUGAUCAAACCCAGGGAAUUUGAAGAGCGUCUAGCCUUUGUCUAUCACCAACCACCCGACUUCUCCCAUCGCGAAACAUGCUUGAUUUAUUGCCAGACAUUACUAGUCAUCGCGUUUGGAUUGAUGUACUCCGUCAACCAGUGGUCAGGAGAUGACGGCCCACCUGGCUUCAAGUACUUCAAACAUGCCCUACGUUUCCUGCCGGAUAUUCACGAAGAGGGCUCCAUCUUCUUCGUCGAGGUCCUGUGCUAUGUGGCGUACUAUAUGCAAAAUCUGAACCGGCGCGAUGCAGCGUUUCUCUACAUCGGUCUUGCCCUUCGCAUGGCUAUCUCUCUGGGUCUGCACCAAGAAGUAUCGGACCCGAGUAUUAGUGAAACGGAUCGAAACCGCAGGCGACGAGCCUGGUGGUCUGUUUAUAGUCUGGACCGACUGCUCUCAGUCAAAUCUGGCAACCCCAUCACUAUCCAUGAUGAAGACAUUGGCACAUCGCCGGCGACGAUAGAUGGAUCUACUUCUGACCCCUGGCCAUCCAUUGUCCUCACCCAUUAUACACAGCUCUCCCGAAUCUUAGGCCGAAUUGGCGAAGAGAUAUACCGGAAGAAGCCUCGAUCAGGAUCCAACCUGAUCAUGUCUGUGCAAAGUAUCACCAACGAUCUUUCAAGCUGGCUUCGACAGGUCCCCGAUGGGCUUCGCAUUGAUUUUACCACACUGGACACUCAUGUAAAUCGAGAGACGGUGUCGAUCAACCUUCAUUUCUACUCAUGUGUCAACAUGACGGCACGUCCGCUCGUUUUCUAUGUUAUCCAGCGACGACUCGACGCUGGUAUUCUGGGCACAUCGGGAGAGGAUUGGAAAGAAGGCUUGGCUCCCAACACGGUUGCGGUGAUCGAUAGCUGUAUCACCGCUGCUCGUGCAACGACCUUGAUCAUGGACGCAGCCGCGAAGCAUAAUCUUAUCGCUACCUACGGCUAUCUCGACGGCGAAUACGUUUUCUCUGCCGCAUUACUUCUCGUCAUGGUCAAUGCUGUUUUCCCUCACAAUGAAACUAAUUCGCGGGCAAUGGAGACUGCACUGAAUCUCCUCCGUAGUAUGGCUGACCGAGGUAACACGUACCUUGGCUCGCGCCAUUCCUUGUUGCUGGAGCUACGAGCAGCCAUUGAACCCAAAGCUGUUACAGGCGACAUGGAAAGGACAAUGACUGCACUGAAUGUCCCAGCCACACCAAGGAGUAAUCAUCCGGCUAGUCCCGCGAUCGAUGAUACGACGCCCCCCACUCAGGAACUCCCGGAGCAUUGGCAAGCAUCACUUGAUCUGCCCUCGUUCCAGGACAUUUCCUUUCAAUUUGAUCUGAACGAUGACCCGGCGCUCUGGGAGGGUGCAUUGGACCAAAUUGAUAUUGAUAUGGAUACCGAUUGGAUCGAGAGCACGUUGAAACGAUAG